UUCAUCUGUCGUGCGAACGGUUGUCGCCUGUAUCUGUCUAUAAUUGGACUGGAUUUAUCGAAGGGAAGCGGAGAAGAUCGGGGAGAUGAAGUAAGACUAUCCGUUUAAGGUUUAUAAUAUAAAGUAUCGAUCUUGGUUAAGUGUUAAGUGUAGGAAGAAGCGAUAUGGCCGUGUCCAGGUUCGAUGCCAUCACCAUGAGUGGGUGCGCACUCGUAUUCUUGUCAGCAGUUGUUGUUAUAAUAGCAUUUGCCACUCCUUACUGGUUAGUAAGUGACGGUCAGCUUCCAGUCGAGCACUUUGAAAAAUUAGGGUUGUGGGAAGCAUGCUUCAAGUCUUUCUCCGACCCUAAUUUUCGAUUCGAUAAAGAAUACAGAGGAUGCAUGUGGAUACUGGAUGAAGACUACACCGUCAUUUACGACAUACUCGAGAAACCCUUCUUUAUAGCCGUGCAAGUACUCUACACCCUGGGAUUUAUAGCCGUUCUGGGAGAGUGCCUAGGCUUCCUGGGUUACAUCUUCUGCGUACCGUCGGAAAAGGCGGUGACUGCCCUCGUUCUGCUGAGCGUGCUGGCGUUUUCUGCCGGAAUCCUCCACACGAUAGCGGUCAUUGUGUUCGGGGCCCUGGGCGACGGUAGAGAUUGGAUGCCCGAUCCGGAUAACAAUUACCUGUCUUGGUCUUUCGGUCUGGCGGCAAUAGGAGCCAUCCUGCAGCUGAUCGCCGCCGUGCUGUUUCUAUUGGAGAGCGUCAUCACUCGUCGAAGAUUGGCCAAAGAACAGCAGCAGCUGUACGCCAUGGGUCAGAUGCCAUCCAAAACCAACCAUCAGUGAGCGAAUUUGCCAUUGGUUUUGUUAGAAAAUUUUAUCCAGAAUUUUAAAGGAUUAAAAAAAAACAAAUGUUAUUUUUGUAAAAUUUUAUAAGAUCUGAGAACUCUACUAUCU